AUUCGUUGAAUUUCGUUCAAUCCUUAGCUUAGCUCCCUUUCCUCCGCGGUCUAGCUGGUUCAUUCGUGCUGUUCUCUGGGCCUGCGAGUGUGCUGAUAUAGCCAACCCUCGUACCAUUACUCGAGAUGUCUUCACCGAAACGUACGGCGUCGCCACAACCAGGCAAUUCCGACGCGAAGCGGAUCCGGUUGACUGUAAACCAAGGGGCAACACCAGUUGACCCGGACAAUGCUGCUGGAAAAAGAAGCGAACUCGAGCCUAUCCAGGGUGGUGACGUCGCAAACUUGCCCCCGGCAGACACACCUGCAAGCACAAGCGAGCCAGCUUCAGCGGUGCCUACGCGCCUGCUCAAGGGAGAGGGAGAAGAGGAUGGCGGAGACGUGUCAAUGGCAGAGGUUGGCGACGCAGGCGACGAUGAUGGGGAGUCUGCGGACGAGAACGACGAGGAAGACCCCGCGCAGAUCGAAGCGACCAGGCUACGACUGGAGGACCAAGCACGAAAGUAUCUCGCUGCUCAGACGCACGAAGUCAUUAUACCGUCCUACUCCGCUUGGUUUGACAUGUCCAAGAUACACCCAAUCGAGCGGCGCGCCCUCCCUGAAUUCUUCAACUCACGGCACCGCUCGAAGACACCCUCGAUUUACAAAGACUACCGCGACUUCAUGGUCAACACGUACCGCUUGCGGCCCUCAGAAUAUCUAACGGUCACUGCAUGCCGCAGAAACCUCGCCGGCGAUGUAUGCGCCAUUAUGCGAGUGCAUGCGUUCCUCGAGCAAUGGGGUCUCAUCAAUUAUCAGAUUGACCCCGACCAACGGCCGGCUGCUCUGGCACCCCCGUUCACGGGCCACUUCCGCGUCAUUCUCGACACCCCCCGAGGCCUCCAAUCCCUGCAUCCGGGGACUAAGCCACCAGCUCAGCCCCAAGCCGGUGCGCCCACCGUUAACGGUGCGGCCAAGCCAGGAUCCACUCCCACUCCCGCCUCCCUCGAACUUCGCUCCUCUAUCUACCAAACAACCUCGAAAUCCUCACGCGAAGUCAGUGCAGGCGAAGCGAGCGCCCUCGCCAGUGCCGCCAACGGCCCCAACGGCACGGAGCGGCAGGCGGCGGUCAAGUACCAGUGUGACACAUGCGGAGUCGACUGCACUGCAGAACGGUACCACUCGCUCAAGCAGAAGAACUUCGAGCUCUGCCCGCCGUGCUACCUAGAUGGGCGCUUCCCCUCGACGAUGUUCAGCGGCGACUUCGUGAAACUCACAGCGGUCUCGACAGCGAGCGGCCUCCACCACGGGAGCGCUAGCGGCGCGGAUGAUGACUGGACGGACCAGGAAAUCCUACUCCUGCUAGAGGGCGUGGAGAUGUACGAUGACGACUGGUCGGCGAUUGAGGAGCAUGUUGGCUCGAGAUCCGCUCAGCAGUGCAUCCGCAAGUUCUUGCAGCUUCCGAUUGAGGACCCGUACGUCCAGACGGAGGGCAACAUGGGCCCGCUCCGAUACGCACGGCUUCCCUUCGAGCAAGCUGACAAUCCAGUCAUGAGCGUUGUCGCGUUCUUGGCGGGUGUGAUCAACCCUGGUGUUGCUGCGGAGGCCGCUAAAACCGCUCUGCACGCACUCACCGACGUAGACAAGAAGGAGGAGACGGAGGGCAAAGAUGAAGAGAAGCCUACGGAAGGUGGCGAGGGCGAGGCUAAGGAGGCGAGUGCCGAGAAAUUCGGGGAGGACCGGAUGGACGAGGACGCGCCAAAAGACAGUGCCGCCGUGCCGCCUGCUGAGUCCGCCAUUGGCGAGAGCUCAGCAGCCCAAGACGCGUCGGGAGACUCGAUGAUUGUUGAUUCUGAGUCCGUCUCGGCAAACCCCACGGCCACCUUCCCGCACUCGAAGGUACAGCGCGCAGCAGCUUUGGCGCUGAAGUCCUCUGCGAAGGCCGCGAACGCACUCGCAGACGCCGAGGACAACCAGAUCAAGUCCACGAUCGCGACUCUCAUCAAGCUCACGCUGACGAAGCUCGAGCUCAAGAUGGCGCAGUUCGAGGAGCUCGAGGAGCUCCUCGAAGACGAGCGCCGGAGCCUCGAGAGCGCGCGGAUGGCGCUCGUCGGUGAACGCGUCGGCCUCCGGAAGAUGCUCGAGAACGUGCGCUCUGAGCUCGCCAAGAACGCAAACGGUGGCUCUCCCGCUGGCGUCGUCGGAGCCGCCCAGCAGGCACAGGCGGCGUUGGCCUCGAGCGGCCAGGGCACCCGAGUCAACGAGGUGCCUGCUACUACGCCUAUGGAUGGUAGCUCCGGCCCUGUCCCCGGAGGGAACGUUGCCCAGCUUAGUUGAUGGGCUCAUUCGCUUCCGUUGUGUCUGUCAUGUCGUAAAUAUGCUUUCGUCCCUGCCACUGUCUAUAGUAUAUACGUGUGUACAUACGCUCUCAUAAAUUGUCAGUAAAUUUUAUUACCUUCUCUGG